GCCUUCAUGCAAAUGUGUUGGCAAGGGAGACGCAGCGGUUCAUUCAUCUUCUUCCAGAGAGAGGUGAGUUAAAACGAAGGUUAUUUUACAUGAGGGAGGAACUGUUUUGGAGCAAAACAUUACCGUGCGAAUAGCGGGAAAGCAAAGAAGAGGUUUUUCUUUUAUCGCCAAAAAGGAGCGCAUUUUUCUCCCAAACAUUACAAGAGAGGUGAAGCAUCAUGGGGAAGCACAACAGCAAGCUGGCUCCGGAGGUCCUGGAUGAUCUGACCAAGAACACCGAAUUCAACGAGGCAGAGCUCAAGCAGUGGUACAAAGGCUUCCUCAAAGACUGUCCCUCUGGCAUUCUCAACCUGGAGGAGUUUCAGCAGCUCUAUGUUAAGUUUUUCCCAUAUGGUGAUGCCUCCAAGUUCGCCCAGCAUGCGUUUCGGACAUUUGACAAGAACGGUGACGGGACCAUCGACUUCAGGGAGUUCAUUUGUGCCCUGUCCAUCACCUCCAGGGGCAGCUUCGAGCAGAAACUCAACUGGGCCUUCAACAUGUACGAUCUGGAUGGGGAUGGGAAGAUCACACGCAUGGAGAUGCUUGAGAUCAUAGAGGCCAUCUACAAGAUGGUGGGCACGGUGAUCAUGAUGCGUAUGAAUGAGGACGGGCUGACCCCUCAGCAGCGCGUGGACAAAAUCUUCUCCAAGAUGGACAAGGACCACAACGACGAGAUCACCCUGGAAGAGUUCAAAGAGGCCGCCAAGUCUGACCCCUCCAUCGUCCUACUGCUGCAGUGUGAUAUGCAGAAGUAGAAAGGGAUGGGUGGAGAUGCAGAGGGAGGGAGGGGAGGGACGGGGGAAGAGUUGAACUGCAACAAGAGAAUAGAGAGGCAGGAGAAGAAAGGGAGGGAUGCAAUUGAGGGAGUAGGAGGAGGAGAGAGGUAGGGAAGCUUUUUUUUUUUUUUUCCUUUUUCUUUUUUCGAGGCAGUGAUGACUAGAAAUGAGCCAUGUUUGGAACACAAUGGAGCCCUGAUUGAUGCCAUUUUUUUUCUUGCAGCCUGUCCCACUGUGCAGUACGCUCCUGCAGCAGUUCUGCGUCAGUCUAGAUGGGUGUCUUUAUAAAUCCAGUCUGAUGAUCUGUGAGAGGUGGAAAUCCCUCCAGCUCCUUUUUGGCAGAGACCAAAGAAAUAUAGUGGGGAUUUACUGGGGAAAUAUGUAGAAGUGUCACUCACACUUUCACACUGUCAGACUCUUUGCCUAGCAUGUGAGAUUACAAGGCUGCAGGGUGAAUCAAGUGCAAAUGUCAGCUAUCUUGCAGCUACUAUUUGCACAUUUUACUCAGCUUUCUUAUUUGUAAAAUAAACAUAUGGUUCGCCUUCCUAUCCAAGAUCAAAAUCUUAAAAGAUGUAAUCGUAGAACAGGUUGUUUUUAUUUGAUGUAAGUUAACAUGGAAUGCAUUAUUUCAGGUGUUAUGAAAAAAUAUUAUAGUAAUGAUUGUUUUCCCAAAUUACACUCUUACCUGUCUGUUUAAAGGAAUAGUGGAAUAGUUUGGCACUUUGGGAAAUACACUCACUUUCUCACAGAGAGUUAGAUGGGAAGAUUGAUACCUUAAUAUUAAGCUGAAGCCAGGAGACGCUUUGCUUAGCUUAGCAUAAAGACUGAGAAUGGGGAAACAGCCAGCCUACCUCUGUCCAAACAUACCACCACCUCUAAAAUUUACUAACAUGUUAUGUCUCCUUUAUUAAAUCUGUACAAAUUCCAAAAUCCAAAAGACUGCGCUGGUUCUCUGGAAACCUCACACUGAUAAUGAAGAUUUAAUAUUGUCGGUGCUCAUGUCCAAGUCUGGCCAAUGAUUGCAAAAAACAGAGUUACAAAGAGCUUCAGAGUAAAAGAGGGAAUAAAAAAGAUCCUCAGUUGAGGGGCCUGGACAGCAAAGGUUGGCAAAGGCAAGAUUUUGGAACUGCUAGAAGGGCACAGAGGAUCUUAAGCAACUGUCAGACCUGUAUGGUGUAUAAUUUGAAGCUGUUAAAGGGAAAAAAAAUAUUUUUUUCCCCUUGGGACAUAACCAGGCUAGGUCUUUCCUCCUGCUUUCUUUCUGUAAUAUUGUCCCGCCGCUCCAGGGUCAUAUUUACCGUAAAGACAUUAUAUACAUUAUGAUAAUAAUGGUUACAUACUGGCAUGAAGAACAAAUAACAUUUCCCAAAAUGUCCAACUAGUCCUGGCUAAGUUCUGGCACCCAGAAUGCCAGUUUUGAUGCUGUGCACCGUGGGAUAGCUUGAAGAAAGCAAUGGCAUCAAACCAACUAAAGGCCUGUUGUUUGGUCCAUAUGGUCCAUCUAGAGCGACAAGAGAGAAGCAAAUGUUAUGCUGAUGGACAGAGAAUUAUGUAAUGAACAAUACCAUUAGCUGUGUGUGAGUUUGUCUGUUAUGGUUUUCAUAUGUGUGAGAGUAUGAAUGUGAGAAUCUAUGUGCACAAGCAAAAUAUUCUUGUUCCCAGGUGAAACCCAGAUCAGACUGCUCCUCUGAAUGUGAGUGCGUUUCUGUGUGUCCACUUGAAUUCAUUAGCUCUUUAACAGCAAAAUCCACAGGUAGAUGCGUGGCACUUGAACAUUUCUGACAGAUUACAGCAUGGUGUCCAGAUGCUUUACCCUCCAAGUACGAGACAGGCAGGUGAUGAAUGUCUCAGACGGCUGCCUCCAGCAGCAUGGUGAAGCAUACUGAUGUGCUCAUCAGUGACUUCUGGCUCUGCCUAAAGCUUUUCCACAUAUGCUAACAAAUCAAUAUAUCAUCAAAAUGAUUACAUGUGUUUCAUUAAAAUGACAUGUAAUUAGGUUAGAAUGAAGCAAUGCCCUCUACAUAAUGUAAUCUGGACUCUCCAGCAGGUUAACAGGUUAACUCCCUGCUGCAUGUUCUCUGUGAUAAACAUUGUCAUGUCAGCUACAGUGUCAUUUGGUUGAGGUAACAUAAAUUGUAACAAAUUUAUGACAUUGUCAUGAAUAGUUAUUAAUAGAGGAAGAAGAAUGACAUGGAAUCAUUACAUCAGCUUGUUAUAAUUAAAGCCCUCAUGUGUGGAAUUGUUAAUUUCUCCCACAUUCUUUUGAUGGCGUGGUUUUUGUUUGCAGGAAAAUGCAGUAAAAACGAACACAGUCUGUGCUUUUUCAGUCUAGUUUUUAGUGCGUGUCUAACUUUUUUCAAACAAUGGGGUGGCACCAAAGUCAAAUUUUCUACACAAAGUGGCUUUAAAAUCCCUAAGAACCAGGUUCAGAAUCUUAAGAAUUUCCUUUUAGCAUUUAAUAUCAUAGCAAAAUAAGCUACAAUCAGUGUUCAAGGUUUAAAUGACCUUUAAAUAUUAUUUAUUAAAGAUUUGGCUUCCAAAAUCUUUGCUUUACCAGUUUCAGGACUUUGUGGCUUGGUAACGUGAUCAAACACCCCUGCAACUAUUUUGGUAUUUAUUUCAUCAACAGGACCUUUACUAAAUUUUGAUGAGUUACUACAUUAUCAGCAGGUGUAUGUGCUUUGGAUAAUCGUCUCUCAAUACCAAAAAAAAAAAAAAAAAAAACUCUCUCUUAAAAUUGCAUCGACGAUACUGUGCAUGUUAUUUAAGCAGAACCAGAAAUAAAACAUACAGAAUAAUAUGGAGUCGUGGUCUUGCCUCUCCAAGACCAGCAAUUAUAGCAACAGAAACUAGAACAGUGUGGAGUGGGGACGAUCAUGACAGUAAUUACAGGCUGUAUGACAGAAACGGUAUUUCUCAGAAAAGGCCAAACCUGCCUCCACAAUUCACUGUUGUUUCACAUGAAAAGCUGAAAUAACCAUCUCUCCUCUCUCUCUCCCACUGUUCUACUCUCCACCCUUUUUGUCUUCCUCCUCCCUAAAUGUCAGAGAGGAAGCGCUUUGAUAAUAGAUGGAGGGAGAGGAACUUUGCUGAACUCAGCUCAGAUCUAAAAUCAAUGUGAAAAAGAGUAAAAGGUUGAAGAGGAAGCUUGGUGUGUGGUGCAGGUACUCAUCUGUUUGUGAAUGCGAAUGGAAGCCAAUAACUAAGGUGUUAUUUUAUCUGUACAUUAAACAGGAAAACCUCUAUGUAGUCUGGUGGAUUAGCCUGAAAAAGUCCAAACUAAUGGCCACAUGAUUUUACUGACUGAACCCAUAAAAUAAUUUUACAUGCAACAAAUAUUAAGCUAGAGCCAGGAGACGGUUAGCUUAGCUUAGCCUAGCUUAACUUAGCACAAGACUGAAAGCUAAUUAGCUUGGUUUCUGUACAGAGUGAACAAACACGCUAUAACGUUAAUUAGUGAUUUAGAGGUAUUGGUAGGCAGAUAUCUGUCCCUGUAUCCUGACUGUAGGUU